UCUCCCUCCAUAUACGUAUGGUUCAAGUGAGCGAUUCUCAGACGCUUAAACUAUCUACUCCAAACCAAUAUUGUCUGUCGUGUCUAUGGCCAACGAUGAGAAAAAGCUUCACAUAGCCAUGUUCCCAUGGCUAGCCUUUGGCCACAUGAUCCCAUACCUAGAGCUCGCCAAGCUCAUUGCUUCAAAGGGUCAUCUCAUCUCCUUCAUAUCCACCCCUCGGAACAUCGAUCGCCUCCCCAAAAUCCCCCCAACUUUAGCUUCCCUCAUUAACUUCGUCAAGCUUCCACUGCCCCACGUGCAAAACCUCCCGGACAAUGCGGAGGCCACCUCGGAUGUCCCUUUGAACUUGGUCCCGUUCCUCAAGAAGGCUUACGAUGCUCUCCAAGACUCCGUGACUCGCUUCCUCGAAGAUUCACAUCCUGACUGGCUUCUCUAUGACUUUGCUCCUUACUGGUUACCGGCUAUAGCCCGUAACCUCAACAUCCCCGGUGCCUUCUUUAGUAUAUUCAUUGCGGCCAGUUUGUGCGUCUGCGGGACGAAAGCACAUUUGGGUGAGCGCAAGAGCCCCGAAGACUAUACGGUCCCACCCCCGUGGAUCCCUUUCCCUACAACGGUGGCCUUUCGGCUCUUCGAGGUUUUGAAAGUCUUUGAACAAGGCUUAACCGGCGUCGAGGAUGACGUUUCAGAUAUUUUUCGUUUCAUACAAAUGCUUCAAGGCUGCGACGUAGUCGCUGUAAGAGGCUGCAUGGAGUUUGAGCCCGAGUGGCUAAGGCUUUUGGAGGAUCUCAACGGGAAACCGGUUCUCCCAGUGGGUCAACUUCCCACCACGGCAUUCGACGGCGAAGAUGACACCGACAUCUGGCUGUGGAUGGAAGCUUGGUUGGACAUGCAUUCCAAGGGGUCCGUAGUGUACGUAGCGUUCGGGAGCGAGGCGAAACCGAGUCAAACCGAACUCACCGAGAUAGCUCUUGGGUUGGAACAAUCCGGGUUACCGUUCUUUUGGGUGCUAAGGACUCGACGCGGACCGGCUGAUACUGAGGUGACUGAGUUACCGGAGGGGUUUGAGGAACGAACCAAAGAACGAGGGGUUGUGUGCACCAGUUGGGCACCACAGCUCAAGAUUUUGGCUCACGACUCGGUUGGUGGGUUCUUGACUCACUCCGGUUGGAGCUCAGUGGUGGAGAGCCUUCAGUUUGAGAGACCUCUCAUUCUAUUGACCUUCUUUGCAGACCAAGGGAUUAACGCUAAGGUUUUGGAUGAGAAAAAGAUUGGGUAUUUGAUACCAAGAAACGAGCAGGAUGGGUCGUUUACAAGAGACUCAGUGGCCGAGUCACUAAGACUUGUGAUAGUGGAGGAAGAGGGCAAGGCGUACAGGGGAAAGGCCAAAGAGAUGAAGGGGUUGUUUGGAGACAGAGAUAGUCAGGACCGGUACGUGAAUAGUUUCCUUGGUUACCUGAAAACCCAUCUACAACCUCAGAAGCAUGAAUAAGCCUCGCCAGUACCAAAUGGUCAAUCUACAAUUGUUUUUUUUUUUUUUUUUUUCAGAAGGUGACCUUCCUAUUCUUGGUUGGUUGUUCUUUGUGUUAAUUGCAAGUGUUGUUGGCCUUGCUUGGCUACUAGAAUUUGUUAUGAGGGGGACCGACUUAUUUGGACAUGAGCCGUGGUA